AAGACUUUACUUGACUACAACAGCAAAACAAUUUUCAACCAAAAAUAGUGUUAAAUUUGAUCAAAAUGGGGUUGACCGAAACGUACAAUUACUACUACCAUGAAGUGGCGGAUCCGCGUGUAAAAAAUUGGCCUUUAAUGGGAGAUCCAUGGCCUACUCUCUUAAUAAUAGCCAGUUAUUUAUAUUUUGUGUUUCAAUAUGGUCCACAAUUCAUGAAGAAUAGGCCAGCAUACGAACUUAAGACUUUUAUUCAAUUCUACAACCUUUUUCAAGUCUUUGCAAAUGCUUACAUAGUUUCCGAAUUUUUAGCAGUUUAUCCGGACGCAACAGCAUUACGAUGUGUUACAAGCGAUCCUUCCUGGAAUCCCGAUGCAGUAAGAGCAUUAAAGGCUUGUUAUUGCGUAACAUUAUUGAAAAUAGUUGAUCUCAUAGAAACAGGACUGUUUGUCCUACGAAAGAAGAAGAACCAAAUCUCAUUUUUGCACGUAUACCAUCACAUAAGUACAUUACAUUUUUCUUUGGCGCUAACAAGAUAUUAUGGUGGAGGAAUGGCAGUUCUUUAUCCUGCAUUGAAUUGUGCAGUUCAUGUAACAAUGUACAGUUACUAUUUUUUGAGCAGCAUAGAAGGAAUAAAAGAAGUGGUUCAUCCUAUAAAACGCUACAUAACUAUGAUACAAAUGGUGCAAUUCAUCUUUAUGAUGUUACACACUCUCGUCAGUUUGAAGCCAUCCUGUAAUUUUCCAAAAUUGCCACCCUGUCUUUUGUUCGGAAAUUUACUUUUCAACUUUUACUUAUUUUAUAACUUUUAUAAAAAGGCCUACUCGGACCCUAAAAAGACAAAAAAGGGUCUGCGAGAUUCAAUAUAAUUCAAAAAGAAAUUCGUCAUAAAUAA